AUGGUCACCCUCACCUUCCCUGUGCUGGCCGCCGUGGCUUUGGCUCCUUUGGUUGCCGCCUCCCCGGCCGCCGAGGCUCAUAUUUCUGCGCAGCCAGCCCCUUUUUUCUCGAUUGAGAAAUGGGUCUCUGACUACGCCGAGAACCCCGAAGGAGACCAUUUGUCUUUGCAGGAGGCCCUUGAUGCAUUCUUAGCGGGGUUGAACACCGCCGGCUCGGAGAACCAUGCUUCUUGUAACCAGCUGGAAAGGCAAGAAUCCCGCGUCACGGAUGCUGUCCACUGCAUUGACCAGCUUCGCGAGAACCCGGACACUGAGGUCACAAUGACAACGUCCCGGCAACUCUAUUGCGCUCACGGCACUGCGCAGAUAUGGGGAGGCGCUGGCCAGAACGCUAGAGGGAAGACCACCUUUCGCGAAAUCGCCGAGACUGCUAGUCGCAUCAUGGACAGCUGCACCAGGGCUGACGGUUGGGUGCAAGGAACAGAUGACACCACCAACGGUAUUGAUAUCCAUAUCUCAUCGGAACUCAACGCGUAG